AUGACCAAUGGUGCAGAAUUAAGAAAACAUGCAUUAAAUUCAGAAGAAAUUUCACCCUUCUUUUCAUGUGAAAAUGUAAAACUAGCUAAAUAUUAUGAAAUGAAUAUUCAUGUAAAGUUCUAUGAAUUUAUUAAUGAUAUUGCACUGCUUCCGAAAGAGAGUUUUGAUAUUUGCCAAAGUGUGAAACGUUGGGAGAGAAUUAUGAAUAGUUCGUGCACUGAAUUGUUGUGUGAUCGGUCGCAGAUGAUGUUGAAUAAUGGAAUUGGUUCUUUGAAUGAUUUUAUUUACAAUUCAACGAAUGGAGAGACCAUGUUAACUGAUUGGAUUAAUGCAUGUCAAUAUUGUGGAGAGGAAUCGAGGAAUUACAAGAGGAGAAUCUUGGAAGGUACAUGCCAGCCGAGAGAUUCAAUUGCUAGAGAAAUGAUUCUUGGAUUUCCAAGAUCAAUACUCUAUUGUGGAUAUACAAUCUUUGGAUUUCCCAUUUUGGUUAAUAAUAGUCAAAUUGUGAAGAGUUCUUUAUUGGGAACCUAUUCCUAUAUAUGCUCGUGUGUGGAGAGCAAAUCGUUUGGACCCAAAUGCACAUUUGGAAUGAAUGAUAUGAUUGCAAAUUUAAUAACGAGAAUUGGUGUGACAUUUACACAUUUCAUUCUCUCUGUAAUUAUCUUUUUUGCAGGUUUUAUUCCAAAAUUAGGAAAAGUUGUCAAAACUAAAAGGUUUGCUAAUUUGAUUCCAACCUCUUGUGUUGUGAUUGGAUUUCUAUUUCAGAUAAUAGCAAGUGUGCAGAUUCUGGCAUCAGAUUCUUAUUCUAAGACUACCUUGAUUUUUGCAGCUCUUUCUAAUAUUAUUUCUAUAUUCGGUUUAUUUGCUUGGAUUUUCGGCUUGUAUAGAAUUGUUGAGUUAGCGAGAGCUCGUAAAAUAACUAUUUCAGUAAGAGUUUGCUACAUUUUCCUAGGUUUACUCUUUUUUACAGUUGGAAUAAUUUCACCAAUAGUUGCCUCUGUUGCAUUUCCAAAUGACAUGGGACAAUUUCAAAUGUUCUAUUACAUUUACUUGUCAGUUUUUUCAUUUGCGGCCUUGUGUGUAUUUAUUUGUGCCUCACUUUAUACUCAUCGAGUAAUGAAACAAUUAUCAGAUAUUAACCUAGUGCAAACAAAUCAUGUUAGAUUUAUCAUUUUCUCAUCAGUAAUUCUAUUUGCCAUUUCCUUGUCCUAUGCUGUGUUGGCAUUGUCCCAACCAACUUUUAUUGGACCUGGUAUUUUGACUUUCAUCUCAUUAUCAACCUAUUUGAGUAGUACUUUGCUUGGAAUUGGGGUGGCCUUUAUGGAAUUUGAUAAGGAAGAAUUUUUAACACUUUACAAAUGUUUCAAUAAGGAAAAGUCAACAAAUUCCUGUGAGACGUCAACACUCACCACAUCUCUGAAUCAACAAACAUCGGAAGAGAAUAAUACUUCAUCCUAUGAACCAUUCGAAUGA